AUGACCGAGCAAUGGGCCGAGAAGGUCCUGCUCUUCUGCCGGAGUCCAGCCCGCUUCCUGUCGGCCUCCGGGACCACGGCAGACGCGGUCCAUGCGGAGCUUCUGCGGGAGCUGCGGGAUGACAGAGCCCAGGAUCAUGUCAAGGUGCUCCUGCUCGCUCCGUACUGUGAGCAUCCUCUGGUGCUGUGUCCCUCGGUGUCUGUGGCUGAAGACUCGGCCCUGGAGCUGAUGUCUGUGUUCUCCCAGUGCUCUCCAAAGGUGUUCCCUCUGCGCUGCCACCUGCUGGUCGCCGUCACGUCUGUGUUGGUGUGUACAGACUGUGUCCGCCGUCGCUCCAGUGCGGUGCAGGACGUCCUGGAGCUGUUGCUGGUGAUCGUCCAGGACACCAGCGAGCUCCACUCAGACGGCAGCUCCCGCUCUCUGAGGGCCACUGCCUGUGACUGCCUGAGGGAGAUGGAGGCCUGCUGCCCUGGGCUUCUGUCUCAACACCUGGAGCUCCUCGGGGCUCUGCGACAGAGGGAGAGCUCCAGGCUGCACCAGGCGUACACUGAACUCUACUCUCUGGUCCUGAGGAACUCUGUGCUGCAGCUGGCUCAGGACACGGGGUCUGGACCAGAGCAGCUGAAAGCUUUACUGGAGGGAGAUGUGUGUGUGGCCAGUGAAGUGACUCAGGACUCCGAUCUGAUGAACGGUAAAGACGUUAGUGCUCUGUCCUCUCUGGUCCUGGGUCCGAUGGGUGCUGUCCCCACCCUUCAGACUGGCCCUGAGUGUAAAGAGCUGCGCUCCAUUCUUUCUUCUCUGCUCGAGGACUCGUAUCUGCUCACGUCUCUGGCCCAGUCCUCUCUGCUCCAGAAGCUGAUCGAGCUGGUGGCCAUGGUCCCAGGAGUCUCCCCCUCCAUCUUCAGAGCGCAGCUGCUGCGGCUGCUGGGAACCACUGAGGUGUCCCUCCUUCACACGACUCUCCUGAUGAAGAGUGCGUUCACAGACAGUUUGUUCAGUGCAGAAGAUGAAGAGUUUCUUCUUAAACGUUUGGUUGUUUUGUCCCAACACCCGCUGCUCAGCACAGCAGAGAAGCUCUUCUACCUGGACUGCCUCCUGCACUUUCCUGAGAACCGUCCCAUCGGCUCCGGCGACAGGGACGAGGUGCUCCCUGUGCUCUUCACUCCACAGUUGGCGACGGCUUUAGUUCCGACAGUGUUUAACGACCGCGUGACGAUGCUCACUCGGUUCAACCUUCUGUCCAUGGUGUAUGUGGAGGACGGAGAGGACGAGGAGGGGAAGGGUCUGGCCUAUCUGUACGAGCACCUGGUGGCUCUGCUCGGCAUUGUGGGUAAUGGGGGAAACCGUGACACUGUUAGCACCUUUUUCAGAGCCUCUUUCCUUUUCCUGUCUCACUUUGGUCACAUCGAGAACUUCUCCCGCCAUCUGAUAAAACGCUUGUGUGAACUCUACCUGGACCACACACACUUGGCCCCGCAACUCAUCAACUUGGCCAACGAGACCCAGUCCAAGCUGCCGGACUCCAACUUCACCGUGGCGCUCCUCCAGGGCUUUCAAAGGACAAUCACAAAGGUGUCACUCACAAACCUUAAAUCACAAGAGCUCACCUGCCAUCUGAGAGUGUUGUCCCGUGUGGCCGAGGAGAGGGACAUCCCACAACGCCCCACUCUGCUCUUCCUCUCGGCCGUAGUCGUAGCCUCGGCCUCGUCUCCGCUCGGGAACUGGAGACUGGGCAACAGUAUAUUAGCAGUGUGUCGCUGUUUGCUAACACACCCAGACCUGGACUCUAUGCUCGUGACUUUAGCGGAUGUCCUCCAGCACAUGUCCAGCAGCUACAGAGACACAGACAUCCAGGACCACAGCCGCCUCUACUACACCCUCCUCACCAAUUUAUCCAAAGAGAAGCUCGCCGGGGUGUUGGAGAGAGGCACCGCCACGGAGGGAGACCAGGUCAAGAAAAGAUCCCUGUCUUGCAUCGUAGCAGAGAGCGAGGGCCAGGCUAGCAUUUUAACUAUUCACAGAACCAAGAAGGACGUUUUAAAACUGGUAGAACUGAACGCGACCGAGCCACGCCAGCUUCCGGAGGACGUAAAGGAUUCGUGCGGAUCCGUAGACGCGAUCGUGGAUUAUAGAUCUCAGUUUGACGGCCCGGAAUUUGCGUCAGAAGUGACCGUUCGCUACCAGCUGGUUCACAGUGAGGAGAACCAGCCGGGGUCUCCGUUCGACCGGCUGUUCAGCAUCCGCCUCCACCUGAGCCUCACGGACGACCAUUACGAGGCGCUGAGAGACGUCAGUGUGCCGUGCCUGCUCAGGGAAACGCCUCCUCCCGUCAUCAGCCUGAAGUUAAGGCCCAGGCAGCCGUAUCCCACCACUCUUAACGCAAGCGCAGUUUUCACCACGCAGGACGGACUCACCUGGUACUCAAACCUUCCCAACAUCGAGGUCUCGUUCCAACAGACGUUCUGCCCGGUGCCCGUGCCGCCAGCCUGGGGCCCGCUCCGCAGACUGGACCUGUUCAACGCUUUAUGGUCCGAGAUCUGCGGCGGAUCUGAGGAGAUGGUGGAGUCUGCCGAGAGCCUGUUCUGCUGUGGUUUGGACCGAGGAGCGUUGGAGGAGCUGCUGCAAAGACACUUAAAGACGUUCGUGUUGGAGGAUGACGGCGGCGGCGGCGAUUGGCACGAGGUGAGGGCGAUGGUGUUUUUGCCGCCGCUGUCGCACCUGCUGCUGAAGGUCAGGAGAGAAGAAGACGCCGUUACCUUCGACAUCGCGACAGACAACUGGCGCCUCCUCCCACACGUCAACUCUUUCCUGCAGGACAUUACGUCAUCGGACACUCGCUGA